AUGAAAUCCUCACCGUCGUCGUUCGGAAGAAGCAGCUCGAAGCGGUCGAAUUACAGCCGCGGAUUCGAAUUACCAGAGGACCUUGAACCGGAAGAUCACCAUCAACGAGAUGAUCACAGCUAUGGAGUUGGAGGCGCAAUGUUGUCCGUCUUCCUCAACGACCUGAGGCAGAACAACAAGCAGGACCUGGUAGAAGUCACUCUGGAGCUCGAAGACGACUCCAUUGUCGUCUGCAGCGUCGCGCCGACCGGAAACACUCCCCGACCCGCCGCCGGCGACUGUUCUUCGUCUCCGGCCGCCGCCGGCGGAAUCUUAGGAAGGAGCUUGUCCAAUGUGUCGAAGAGCAUUAGGAAGAAGAUCCCGUGGCUGAGAUCGGCGUCGUCGAGGGCGUCGUCGGAGACUGAGGAGGUCGCAGCGUCGGCAUCUGCGGCGGCGGCUGCGAUUUCAGCUCGUGACGCGAGGAGAAUCAACGCGAAGCUUCGACGGACGAGAUCGAGUGCGCAGCGAGCGCUCAACGGAUUAAGAUUCAUCAACAAGACGACGAAGGCCGGCGCGAACGACGCCGAGGUGAUAUGGCGGCAGGUGGCGUCCAAGUUCGACUCGCUCGCGCAGAACGGUUUGCUUUCGAGAGAAGACUUCGGCGAAUGCAUAGGAAUGACGGAUUCGAAGGAGUUCGCGGUGGGAAUAUUCGACACAUUGGCGAGAAGAAGAAGACAGAAGAUUGAUAAGAUCACCAAGGAAGAGCUUCACGACUUUUGGUUGCAGAUUUCUGACCAGAGUUUCGACGCGCGCCUUCAGAUUUUCUUUGAAAUGGCUGAUAGUAAUGAAGAUGGAAGAAUCACGAGGGAUGAAGUUCAGGAGCUCAUAAUGCUAAGUGCUUCCGCAAACAAGCUAGGCCAGCUAAAAGAACGAGCUGAAGAAUACGCUUCCUUGAUAAUGGAAGAAUUAGAUCCUGAAAACCUUGGAUACAUCGAGUUAUGGCAACUAGAAGAACUACUCUUACAGAGAGAUACGUACAUGAACUACAGCAGAUCACUUAGCAUGGCGAGUGUGAGCUGGAACCACCAGAAGAGCUCGUUUAGGCCGAAGAACCUGGUGCGCAGAGUGAGCGGUGCGCUUCGGUAUCUGAUGUUGGAGAACUGGCAAAGAGGGUGGAUUUUGUUGUUGUGGGCCACUGCCAUUGUGUGCCUCUUCAGCUGGAAAUUCUAUCAGUACAGCCACAAGAAGGCGUUUCAAGUUAUGGGCUAUUGCCUGCCAAUCGCCAAAGGCGCUGGAGAGACUCUCAAGCUAAACAUGGCUCUCAUCCUCUUGCCCGUCUGUCGGAACACUUUGACAUGGCUUCGCUCCACUAGAGCUAGGUCCUUUGUCCCCUUUGACGACAACAUUAACUUUCACAAGAUGAUUGCUUGUGCUAUAGCCAUAGGAAUCGCUCUUCAUGCGGGCAUCCACCUGUCAUGCGACUUUCCAAGACUAGUAAAUGCAUCGCCGGAGAGGUUCCCCGUGAUUUCCUCUGAUUUUGGAGGCAAAAGGCCAACUUAUACAGACCUCUUGAGUGGUACGGAGGGGGUGACUGGAAUUAUGAUGGUGGUCUUCAUGACCAUCUCGUUCACACUAGCAGCUCGUCGAUUUCGCAGAAACGUGGUCAGACUGCCUGCCCCUUUCAACAAACUUACUGGUUUCAAUGCCUUCUGGUACUCUCAUCACUUGCUUGGUUUGGUCUACAUUUUGCUGUUCAUUCAUGGAAGUUACUUGUACUUGGCCCACAAGUGGUAUCAGAAAACGACAUGGAUGUACAUCUCUGUUCCAUUGGUACUGUAUAUAGCUGAAAGGAGCCUGAGAACAUGUAGAUCAGAACAUUAUUCGGUGAAAAUAUUGAAGGUUUCAGUGCUACCAGGGAAUGUUUUCAACUUAAUAAUGUCCAAGCCACCUGGGUUAAGAUACAAAAGUGGGCAGUACAUAUUUCUACAAUGCCCAACAAUCUCUCAAUUUGAAUGGCACCCGUUUUCAAUAACCUCUGCACCCGGAGACGACUAUCUGAGUGUUCACAUCCGCAUAGUAGGGGACUGGACACAAGAAUUACAACGAGUUGUUACCGAAGGCGAUGACCCAUCAUCUGUAAUUGGUAGAGCUCACUUUACUCAGGUUGGGAUUCCAUAUCAGAGAAGCCAACCCAAAUUGUUUGUUGAUGGUCCAUAUGGUGCACCAGCACAAGACUACCAAAACUAUGAUGUCCUGCUUCUGGUGGGGCUGGGGAUCGGAGCUACACCUUUUAUAAGCAUCCUCAGAGAUCUUCUCAACUCCACAAGAACAGAAGAACAACUGGAUUCAAACACAGAAACCAGUAGAUCAGACGACAGCAUGAAUAGUUUUACGUCUUCGAGUUUAACACCUGGUGGAAAGAAGAAAUCACAGAGGCUUACAAAUGCCCAUUUCUAUUGGGUAACUAGAGAACCUGGCUCCUUUGAAUGGUUCAAAGGAGUAAUGGAUGAUGUUGCAGAAAUGGAUCAUAAAGGUCAGAUUGAGAUGCACAACUACCUCACUAGUGUUUAUGAGGAGGGCGAUGCGCGGUCGACGCUAAUCACCAUGGUCCAAGCUCUCAACCACGCAAAGCAUGGUUUUGACAUCCUCUCCGGCACCCGAGUCAGGACUCACUUCGCAAGACCAAAUUGGAAAGAAGUGUUUACCAAAAUAGCAUCAAAGCAUCCGUAUUCAACAAUAGGAGUCUUCUACUGUGGAAUGCCAGUGUUGGCAAAGGAGCUGAAGAGGUUAUCACACGAGAUGAGUCACAAGACAUCCACACGCUUUGAAUUCCACAAGGAGUAUUUCUGAAGCUAUAGGACCCCAUCAAAACCAAGCUUACUAAUUUAUUUGAAAUCAUUCACAUGA